AUGACUCAUACCAAGCUUCCACAACCACCUCAAGCACUUCACAACAACCCGGCGCAUCUUCGGUACUUGCCGGUGUUACACAACACACGUAUACGGCAAGCGAAUGGCGGAAAUUGGUCUGCACAAGAUCCAAGCUCCCCGAUAAUGAUUCACAUUCUACUUUUCCUGGUCAACGACCUCGUCGUACCCCUUGUCGACCUCCGCAUCUUCGCUCUCCAACGGAUCCGUGGUCAAGAACCAGCCCUCCGUCAGCGGGUUGUAGUGUCGAUAUAAUGGCCUUGUCCCGCACCCAGGUCGGGGCAGGACAUAUGCAACGACACCUUGGUCUUUCAGCUUCCCUUUAUCUUUCCCAUAUCCGCCUUCCGCCAACACUGCAUCUCGUUCUUUCGUAUUGGUGCUGUAGAAGGUUGCCUUCGUGCGUGUGUUAA